AUGGGAGACAGAGGCUUGACACAGCAAGAAGAAACAAGAGGCAGAGAGGAGGUGGAUGACUGGAUGAGGGUAAAACUGACUUGAGGUGUGUGGUGCUGGAAAGCUGAUACCAACACCUUUGAAUCUGCAAGCUCCAAUCCAGCAGCUGAGGAAAACCUCAGGGAAGGAAAAAAUGCUUUCUUUCAGGAAGUGUGUGUUAAGACAUUAAAGAGUGUCUUCCAAGAGGAUUGCAGUGCCAUGCUCCCGGCUGACAAAGGAGGAAAAUUGCAUAGGCUGUCCAAGUGGGUACAACAUGAUUAUGUGAUGUUGGAUGAUGUAAAAUAUGCUGCUCUACUUUUGAAAGAAGUGAAUUACUCACAUCACAUUACCUCAUUCUCAUUUCUACUUAGAAAUGAGAAACUAGAUGAGUUCCACAUAGCCCUGCUCUUCUACCUACCUUUUCACCUGGGAAAAAUUGCCCUGGAACUACCCAGAAAAGGAAUGCAGAUCCUUGAUUUUAUGAGUACAUUAGGGAUUAACAUGAUGUUUUCUAACAGGGUGGGCAUCACUGGAGCUCAUUGUAGUGAGUUAAAAUCUUGGAUGAGCACACCCCAUGGACCAAUGGAGGAGAAGAGGAAGAGGAAGAACAAGAACAAGGACGAGUGGUUCCUCUAUCCUGACAGAUGACUUCAGUUUGCCACCCUGAGAAGCCCUCAGAGGAAGGCUGAGCAGUGGCAGCACUGUGCUCCAAGGAGCAAUGGAGAAGGUGACUGUAAUCAUCAGUGGCUCUGUGUGACAGCAUGGUUUCACUUUGCUCAGUAAAUCACUUUGAAAUUGCAGCUUAACUCAUUUGUCAGAGCUGGGGGACUUUGACACACAAGAGACUGGAGAUCUAAGCUGUAGUUCCUGGUCCUUCAUCUUAAUACCUUCAUUGGGCCAUUUCUGAGAUUAUUUUCCUGGCUGAUUUUGACAACUGCUUUGACAUCUGCAGAUGAAUAUGAUUAUUGAUUUCAAUGUCAACCCUGUUUUUCUAAUGAGUUUGAAAAACAGCCAGGAGACAUGACUUAGUGGAGCCAAAAAAUUGGUGAUAUUUUGCUUCUGAAGGAAGCUAUUCCAAAAUCUCUAAUAAAUUGUGUUCAUUUUUUUUCCCUUAUAUUUCUUUUUUUUUCUUUCUUGGAUAGAAUUAACCUUAAUUAUGACUAUUUUACCUGUAAAACUAUC